AUGAUGUGGCACGGUGCGGUGGAGGAGGUCCUGUACGCGGCGACGAACGAUGAUGACGUGGACGGCGACGACUCGCCCAGCUCAUGCAACCUGAUUCGAGGGGGGCUCGUCGUCAGCUUCCCAGCCAGUGGCGCACUGACAGCUGGCAGCGGCAGGAGGGUGCCACUUGGCGAGCUGGCAGCGCAAGGAGAGUGGGAGGUGACGUCAGCAUCAAGCGCGCCGAACGGGAGCUGGGCUAAGGUUGUGCUCUCUCAGUCAUUACAUUCGGAAUCACACCCUUCCUCUUCUUCCUCCCCAUCCUCUUCAAACUCCUCAUCCGCCUCCUCCUCUUGGUCAGGAACCGCCUCACUCGCCCUCACCAUCACUCUCACUCCCAAUUCCCUCUCCUCCUCCCUCAGCGUGCAAAACACCGCCGCUCGCACCGCCAGCACCACAAGCAGCAGCAGCAGCGUGACACAAGCGGUCACACAAGCAUCCUCACAACCCACCAGCACCCCUCAGCAGCCCUCCACUGAUCUCCUCUUCGCCCCCUCUCUUGCCGCCCACCUCUCUCUCUCCACCAUCAAUGGAGCUCGCCUGAUUGGCUGCAAAGGAGUGCGGUACUGUGGCAGUCGUAGUGACCGGCAGCAGGGGCGGCAGCAGCAGGAGAUGGCUGAAGGAGGAGGGCUAUGGGGAAUGGGAGGUUUAUUCGGGCAAUUGGGCAGGACGAAGCAGAGCAGUGGGGAAGUCGAGAGAAGUGCUGGGUUUCAAGAGGUAGGAGCGUCGACAGCAGGCACAGCAGCAGCAGGGACAGGUGCAACAGUAGCAGGAUUGGCAGCAGGGGCAGGCUCAGGAGUUAGUCCAGAUGACAAGGAAAUGGUUGUGCGGCUGCAGGGGCUGUGGAGGGACGUGUUGGUGGGGGGGAAGGAGGGCGUGGAGGGAGCAGACUAUGCUGAUAUUGAGGCGCCUCUAAAGCGGAUGUUUGUGGAUGGACCUAGCUCGGUGACACUCCUUGACAGAGGUCGCAGGCUGUCAUUUCGCCUCACAGCCGUCGGAUUGGGUGAUCUGACGGUGCACGCGGCAGAUGAGACCUGUGGGCUACGAGACUGGGACGAGUUCCUCUGUGUCGGCUUCUCUUGUGCCCGCAACCCGCUCACGCUUGCUGCUGGCGGAUCAUGGACAGGGACUUUCACAGUAACCAACCUCGGCGCUCCCUGA